GUCAUUCCGGUGGGACCGCCCACCGGAGGACGAACCUAAACAUCCGGGCAGGAAGGCAUGCUGGUCGGCUGACGGCGCGGACUCGGUCUCGCCCCGCGGUCAUGGCUUGUUGAGUCCCCGUCCAGCUGUUCCUGGAGCUCCGUCAUGUCUGCGGCGCUAGCGAGGCUGCUCUUCUACCCGACGUUGGCCUACAACGUCGUCAUGGAGAAGGUGUCGUCCAGGCGCUGGUUCGACCGGGUCGACGACACGGUGAUCCUCGGAGCGCUGCCGUUCCGAUCCAUGACCAAGCAGCUGGUGGAGACAGAGAAUGUCAGAGGCGUAAUCACCAUGAACGAGAUGUAUGAGACCAAAUAUUUCUGCAACUCAGCUGAGGAGUGGCAGGCUGCAGGGGUUGAUCAGCUCAGGCUGAGCACCGUCGACCUCACCGGGGUCCCGAGCCUGCAGAACCUGCACCGCGGCGUUGAGUUUGCCCUGCAGCGCCGAGACCAGGGGACCAGCGUGUACGUCCACUGCAAGGCCGGGCGCUCCCGCAGCGCCACGCUGGCCGCCGCCUACCUCAUUCGGCUUCACUGCAUGACUCCAGAGGAAGCGUGUCAGAAGCUGGCCUCCGUUCGACCCCACGUCCUGGUGCGCUCAGCUCAGCUGGAGGUGCUGAAGAAAUAUUACCAGGAGGUUUGCGGACAGCCCAGCUGAGAGUGACGGGCAUCGGCCCGAGCCUCGCUCUGCCUCUGCAGCAGCUGGACGACUGUACAUUCACACUGAUGUAAACAGCAGCUGCUGCACGUUCGUCAUCACAUUAUGAUGUUCACACUGAAAAUACAAAUCCCACAAAUGCGUUUUAUUUAAGAAUUUUAUCUGAGACUUUUGUGAUAUCACAAAAGGUUUUGAUAGUCAUUAUGGUAAAACCAGCUUUGUACAUUCAGUACCACAAAUAAAGAAAUGAUCCACAAUUAUUUAGAACAAUAUGAAACAUUAUUGACUUUGAUAAUAAAACAUUUGCUUAAAAUG